GCUUCCCACUGCAUCCAUCUCCCUCAUCACCAUAACAACAGUCCUCACAAACCGCCAUUCCGACACCAUAUCGCCCACCACACGCCCCCAAUCGAUUGUGUCUGUAUUCCAAGGAGGAGAGGGAUUAGCGAACUACACGACGCUGGACAAGAGGGGGCCAACCAAUUGAUCAUUAAGCCAGCCAGAGUUAGAUGGGAAUGCUGGGACGGGUCGCAUGAACCGACGCCCCUGAUCCUGUCGCAUCGCGAACAACACCGCAUCCGUUGCCCAACAACCUUAUUCCCGCACACGAUCGGAGACUUCCUCAAGGCGAUUGACAUCUCGAAAGUACACUCUGGCCGUGGGCUUCCUUGGAAUUGCCAUCAAGUGGUCUCGAAGGCCCGCGGAAGGAAACGAGACCAAAGCCCGUCGAUUCCGUGCCAUAGGCCACCACUAGCACUCGGUGCUACCACAGUUUGCGAUGGGGUCGACUCAAUUCGGGAACUUCGAGCAUUUCUGUCGAGAUUCCACGCUACCGGUCUGCAAUGUGCUGUCGGAUCAGCAUGACCAGUCGGGACCAUGGGGCGGCUGCGAAUUGACCGGAAUACCCUUGGGUAAAGGCAAAAUCCUUGGAAACCUUGGCUCGAUAUUGCUAUGUGCUCUAGCUAUCGUGACGUCUAUAUAUCUCAUCUUCCGGUCUGAGAGGAAGAAGGCUGCUGUUGGCCGCAGGGAAAUGCAACUCUUUCUUGCGGGGUACAUUGUUAUCUCGAUAUGCGAGAUCUUCACAGUAGGGGAGUUCCCGUUGAGUGAUAGAGUUCGAAUUGCUUUCACUGGCAUUCAUCUGGCAUUUAUCGUCGCCACGACGUGGAUCCUGAUGCUCAAUGCAAUCGUCGGCUACCAGAUUAUUGAUGAUGGGACGCCAGUAUCCCUAGCAUUGAUCGCCGGCUCUGCAUUCAUGCUGCUGGUUGGGACCGGCUACAUCACUCUCGAUACGGGAUUCCACUGGACUGGCUAUUGGGAUGACAGCUACCAGGCUCCGAACCGAAACAUCGCACUCUAUGUGCUGUAUCAGCUCGCGCCGCUUGUCUUCCUGGUUGCUUUCUACAUCCUAGAAGCCGCUCUUGUCCUCCGAGUGCUGGGGGAAUCCCGGCCGAUGAUCUACCUCACGUCAGCUGCAGUCUCGUUCGCCCUUGGUCAGAUCUUCAAUUACGUUGUCAGUCGCUACAUCUGCGAUGGUACGUCUGGCAAGAUCGACGGAGCUCUCUUCGAAACUCUCUUCACCCUCAUCUCGGUCGUACUGGUAUGGGUGUUCUGGUCCAGCAUUACGGAAGACGACUGGCCCAUGCCUUCUGGGACCGCAUAUCCUUGAUCCUAAUACCCGACCCAUUCUAUUUACAUUGGAAAAUUGGAGUUUUACGGUUUGAAAGUAACUUACAUUCCAUGAGUCGGCGGGGAAAAUAGCGUUGGCCCGCCGCCCAUCGGCCACAACGGCGUACCACGACCAUCCUAAUGGUACAUGGCACCUGGUUCCUACCUAAUUCAUAGCUGCAAGGAGUAAUGUUGGCUUCGUUGCAGAGCUUUUGGCAUAGCGGCUAGGAGGAGGACUGAUGAGGGAGGAGAGGAGGUGCGGGUAGAGGAGGUGCUGGGAGUUGCUUUGCAUGCCGUAAUGGUCAUGACACCCUUUAUCACGGUUUCGGAAGCAUGCCUUCAGUAGUAGUUAUACCCAGUCAAACGACUAAUGCAUAUGAGUCGCUGUUUAUGAUAGAGAAUCCAAUUGCCCUUGGGCAUUUACACUCGUUACAUAUAAAAUUUGACAGAUCACUCCUCU